ACGCUUUGCAGAUGUAAACUUGUCGCGUUCAUGUGCUAGUCGGAACCAGGAAACUCAGAAAUGUCCGGCUUGCUGACUGGUUGAAAGCGGCACGUGUAUUUAAGUACAACCAAUACUUGUAUAGUCGGAAAUUUCAGAGUUUCCUAGUUACGACUAUCACGUGAACGCGGCAACUGGAGCAGAAAAACACACACAUGUGUUGUAGCCGUUCUUAUUAUACCUCAGUGGUCGUAGCUGGACAAACAUUUAUACAAAAUAAUUUAAUCGACAUAACAUUGAAGAAGAGGCGCCACCUACAUCAUGAAUGAUUUUGGAAGCUACCCUCCGCCGAACUUUGUCUCUCCUCCUCCGGGUUCGAUGGUGAGACCGCCAACGUUCCUUCCACCACCUAGCAACUUCCAGCCCGGUAUGUGGAACUGGUACGAACCACCGUCCGAGCCGUGGAGAUACAACGGCCAGGGAGAACACUGGAACGGCGGGCCCGGACCAGGUCGACCCAGAGGCUCAUAUGGCCAGAACUUCCAUCGUGGACAUGGAGGCGACAGGCAGGACUAUGGUCGUCCCAACAACCACGGGAAAAAGCAGAAAAAUAAAAAAGAACCAGAGUUUUCCCAUUUCUGUGACCCGUGUGACCGAGGCUUCAAAAACCAAGACAAGUACGACCAACAUGUCUCCGAACACGUCAAGUGCUCGGUUGAAGACUGCCGCUUCACUGCUCAUGAGAAGCUGGUCAACAUUCACUGGAAAAAUAACCACGCCCCAGGGGCAAAGAGAAUCAAGCUGGACACUCCAGAGGAGAUUUCUAAAUGGAGAGCGGAAAGGCGCAGGAACUACCCAACCCUGGUGAACGUGGAGAAGAGGAGGAAAGUGAUGGAUGCCAGGGAGGAGACUGGCGCGGUGCUGGAAACGGCUCAGUUUGGGAGGAUGAGGGGUAGAGGUCGUGGACAGCGUGGUGGAAGGUUCCAGAGGGGCAGAUGGGCCAGACCGGGUCCUCAUCCGUCAGAGAGACCACCACACCCCACUCAAACCCCCACGGAGAGGCCUCCACCCCUCACUCAGUUCCCCAGGGACGGAGACCCUCUGGGGGCUCUGGCCAACAGUGACCCAGACUCUGAUACAGAGGAGCCAGCCAGUGGAGGUGGGGUGACUGUGGCCCCUAAACAAAUGACAUCCGGGCUGGGAUCUCUGAUGGCCAGCUACGGCUCCAUGACGGACAGCGACAGCGACCAGGAACCACAAGUCCUGCCCAUCCAGAGGACAAGUCAGCUGCUGAAGGAGAACCAGGCAAUGCUGAAGGCUCUGCCAGCCAAGCCCCAGAACAGUGCUUCAUCUGGGGCUAAGAGACUCUACCCUGAGCCCCCCCGGGAACCACAGCCUGGGUCUGGUCCUCAUAGACCUGGUAGGGGGAGAGGAGCGAGAGGAGGACGAAACAACAUGGACACCCCCCAACAGCGCCGCGCCACUCUGCUUGAGAUGUUACUGGCCCCAGACAUCCGCCAUGAGAGGAACGUGCUCCUGCAGUGUGUUCGCUACAUUGUCCGAAACAACUUCUUUGUAGUGGAGGGUCAAACUCAGGACCAGGAUGGAACUCUGGGCAGAACAGGGACCACAGGUGACCCUGACCUUGACCUCCAGACACAGGAAGUGAGAGCAGAUGAUCAGAGAGCAGAUGAUCUCCCAGCUACCGCUCUGGUUGGUCCAGAUGAAAGAGGUGACCAGGUGAGGUCAUCACUAGAAGGUACCCAGAAACCACCAGUCUGUCAGGGACCUUCAGAGGUGGACAUUUUGAAUGAUGUCCAUCCUGAGGAGAUGCCAGAUGCCGCCUCAAACCCUGAUGUCGUAUCUUAGCUGAAGUCUAACCCUGAGGUCCGGGGGACUGUGUCUGAGCAGUCUGGAGCCCAACAAGUGGGAGAAGACCAGAGCAUGGAGGAGAACACACAGAGUGGACCAGCCUGCUCACAGUCACAUCCCCUCCAGGAAACCACAAUGGACUGGGCUUUGAAUGCUAGUUAUGGAGAUGGUCACCCUGCAGACCACUCCCAGACCUCCGUCCCCAACUAUGAGGAUGAAGUCUGGGAGACCCAAGACCCCUGAAGUCACCUUGACCCUUCAAUCAAGACUGUCACCUUGACCCUUCAAUCAAGACUGUCACCUUGACCCCUGACGUUUCCUUGACCCUUCAAUCAAGACUGUCACCUUGACCCUUCAAUCAAGACUGUCACCUUGACCCCUGACGUUUCCUUGACCCUUCAAUCAAGACUGUCACCUUGACCCUUCAAUCAAGACUGUCACCUUGACCCCUGACGUUGCCUUGACCCUUCAAUCAAGACGGUCACCUUGACCCCUGACGUUGCCUUGACCCUUCAAUCAAGACUGUCACCCUAAAAGCAGAUUUAUACUUGAUCCAGAAAUGCGGUCCGGAGGCUCUGUACAGUUGCGUUAUUUUGAGUUUGAGUUUUUACAGAGACAGUGCACAUUAUUCAACGUUUCAUCAUCGCUAUGCAAACAAGCCUGAUUUCUGCGACAAUUUCUCCGUUUACACAAGUUUUUAGUUUAGCUAAUAAAAUGAAAACAUAACUUCAAACUACUUUUGGGUCCUUCGUUAAUAUUACAGCAUGAAAUCCAUGUCUUAAACGUCGCUACGUUUUGUAAAUAGUGAAGAACAUCGUGUAAUCUGAUUGACGUAUUAAAGUUACUCAUCUUACAGA